AACCUUUCUUUUUUGGGAUCUUUUCGUGGUUGGCCACCUCUCUAUUUCUCAUCCUUUCUCUUUUCCUUUCUUUUUCUAAUUUGUUCUUCCCCUCCUUUAUCCCUUUCUUCCUCUUCUGAAUAUCUAUACAAAACUAUCUUCAUCCUCCAUUCAAACAAAAAAGAAGAAGAAAGAAUAACAUUUUCGUUUAAUUUCUCAUAUUCCACUCUCACAUUUUGUUUUCCAUUUUGGAUGGAUUAAUUAGCUUGCCUUUACCUUUAACUGGCUUAUUUGCAUGAAUGCUUAUUGCAUUUAUAUAUUAAAAUUAUUUGGAGGAAGAUAAUGGAAAAUGCAGCGGCAAAAGAAGGAGAAUUAGCUUUCCUUUUUCUUGUCCCAUCUUCGUGUAUGGUAUCAGUAUUGCUCUAAUAAGUUUUUGACUUGGGCUAUUAUAGUCUCUUCCAUGGGAAACAAGAUGAAGGGGAUCUUCAAAGGAUUCAAAUAUAUAUCUAAUAUAUUUGCAACAAAGGAGAGGGAGUUGGAGAUUGGAUGUCCAACUGAUGUUAAACACGUGGCACAUAUUGGUUGGGAUGGCCCCUCUGGCAAUGCACCAAGUUGGAUGAAUCAAUUCAAGAAAGGGCCUGAUUUUGCAGCAGCUUCUAUUGGUCAUUCUGGUUCUGCCCUUUCUCCAUGGACAUCUCAAGGAGUUGGAGAGACAAAUAGAGGGCAUUCAACAUCUGAGAUUUACAAGGACAGUCCACCUAAUAAGAAGGUUCAUGUUCAUACUAAGAAGCAGAAGAGGAGGAAAUCCAAGGGAACUUCCUCUCCAAAUUCUAGUUCAUCUUCUUCGUCGAAAUCUUCAAGAGCAGCAAAAUCCAGGGCUAAAUUUGUUGAAGGAACUGUAAAACCAGCAAAUAUAGAAGUCGCAUAAUAUUAUCGUGCAUUUUUUCCAAAAAUUCUUGACACUGUCUGUCAAGUUUCUUGAAAAUCGUCGCGUUGAUGAGAAUGGGAAUGAGGAAAUGGAAAAUCACAUAAAUCCCAGAAGAGAUACAAUGUAAACAAUGUAAAUUUGAGCAACAAAUACAGAAGAAAAUGAGAAACAGGAGGGGCUAGAGAAGUGAAACAAAAUGUAGAAUGUAACUUCUAAAUGGAGAGGCAUGCUUUUGGAAAAUAAAUUAUAAUUCUUCUCUUCUUUA